CCAUGAAAGCUUGUGUCUGUGAGUGUAGGCCGAAUAAGGCUGAGGUGAACUCUCCAGCUGUCACCAGGCUCAUAUUUGUGUGCAUGUGACUGGUGCUGCCCCGUCUGGAGUUUCCCCACCGGUUUACAUGCCGUCUCGCUGUAGCUCCACGUACGUCUAAAGCUCGAGGGCGGACCGGGAGCCGUGACUCGAGCUGACCUUAAAUCUGCGGGGUCUCGCGCAGGCAGGACACUCGUUACCGGUUCUGUGCGGGAUCAUGCGCUCGAUAUGGGGUUUGUUUGCGGUGGUGGCCGCGGCCACGUUCUACCUCUAUGUGCUAUCGGCUUUUCUGCCACCCGGACCGCCUCGCGCGCAACAUCACGACCCCGCAGCCGGACCGGGAGCGCGUGAGGAGGACAGCGGUGCACAUGAAGAGGAGCUCCGGUUGCAUUUCCCAUCAGACCUGGAGGAGCUGCGAGAUCUGGCCGAGCUGCUGAAGUUUUAUAAGCGGCAACACACAGGUUAUGUGUUCGUGCUGUUCUGCAGUGCCUACCUCUACAAGCAGUCCUUUGCCAUACCUGGCUCCUCCUUCCUGAACAUGCUGGCGGGGGCGCUGUUUGGUCCGUGGUACGGCCUCCUCAUUGCCUGCACUCUCACCACAGUGGGCUCCCUUAACUGCUACCUGCUGUCCCGCACAUUCGGUAAAUGGCACGUCAUCCGCUUCUUCCCUGAGAAAGUGGCCAUAUUACAACAGAAGGUGGAAGAAAACAGGAGUAGUCUAUUCUUCUUCCUGCUUUUCCUGCGCUUCUUUCCCAUGACACCCAACUGGUUCUUGAAUGUAACCUCUCCCAUCCUCAACAUCCCCAUCCCCAUGUUCUUCUUCUCUGUCCUUAUUGGUCUGAUCCCCUACAACUUCAUCUGCGUGAGGACGGGAGCCAUCUUGUCGGAGAUCACGUCACUGGACGACAUCUUUUCCUGGGGAACUUUGCUGCAGCUUCUGCUUAUAGCAUGUGUGGCCCUGCUGCCCGGUGCCAUCAUCCGCCGCUACAGUCAGUCGCACCUCAAACUGGACAGCAUGAAGCCCAACGGCCAGAGCAAACAGCUCAAAGAGAUCAACCAUCUCAAAACCAGAUGACCUGCAGUAGAUCAGGGAUCUGCAGGAGCACAGCACUAAACUCAAGGCUAAUCCUACAGAAAAAGACACAUACCUGGCAACCCUGGUUUAAAUGAUAUAUACACCGAUCAUCCAUAACAUCCAUCCAUCCAUCCAUCUUCAACCACUUACUCCUUUUCUGGGUCACGGGGAACCUGGAGCCAAUCCCAGGGAGCAUCGGGCACAAGGCGGGGUACACCCUGGACAGGGUGCCAGUCCAUCGCAGGGCACACAAUCACACACACACUCACACACCCAUUCAUACACUACGGACACUUUAGACACGCCAAUCAGCCUACCAUGCAUGUCUUUGGACUGGGGGAGGAAACCGGAAUACCUGGAGGAAACCCCCGCAGCACGGGGAGAACAUGGCCAUAACAUUAAAACCAAUAUUUUUGUGGACCUAAUAUUGUGUAGGUUUUCCUUGUGCUGCCAAAACAGCUCUGACCCGUCUAGGCAUGGACUCCACAAGACCAAGGUGUGCUGUACGAUCUUCCACCAAGACAUUUGCAGCAGAUCCUGUAAGUUGUGAGGUAGGGCCUCCAUGGAUUGGAUUUGUUUGUCCAGCACAUCUUAGAGAUGCUCGAUUGGUUUGAGAUCUGGGGAAUUUGGAGGCCAAGUCAACACCUUGAACCCUAUGUGAUGUUCCUCAAACCGUUCCUGGAGAGUUUUUGCAGUGUGGCAGGAGCAUUAUCCUGCUGAAAGAGGCCACUGACGCUAAGGAAUACCAUUGCCAGGAAGGGGUGUAGUCAGUCUGCAACAGUGUUUAGGUAGGAGGUGCGUAUCAACGUAACAUCCACAUGAAUGCCAGGACCCACGGUUUCCCAGAAGAACAUUUCCAGCCCAGAGCAUCACACUUCCUCCACCAGUUUGCCUUCAUCCCAUAGUGCAUCCUUAAAGCGGUGAUAGAGAGUGACAAAGACAGGAACUGAACAGAGUGCUGAAUAUGUACACAUACAUGUACAUAUACAACACACAACAGUAGUAAUAAAUCGGUGCUUGGAUCCGAUGUUCAAUAAUUACCUCAGGUCACGAGCUGGUUCAGGUGUAUAGCAGGGAAAUCACUAAACUCUGCAGUGCUGUGGUUCAGCGGGACGAAGAAGAAUGUAGGAAAACUAGUGUAGGGAUUUUAGUAGAAACUGUCUUCAAUAUCAUUUUAAAUGCAUUCUGUGCCAAACAGGAGAUUUUUAAAAUGUCUUAAACACAUAUGCACAGACUUUGUAGCAAUAUACAUUGUCUUAGAAUCUGAUCAUGUAGCAGUUUUAUUGUGUGUACAGUAUAUAGGAUGUGUAAGGAACAUGCCUGUUUGAUGUGCCUUUGCCCUUGCUGUGCUGUUAAAGGAAUAAAAAAUAGCAAUUUUAUCAAUUUUCCCCCAAAUGCCAUCAGACUCUUAGAUUAGACUCUUUUGGUGGGUGUCUGAUGUGAGAAAACAACAAACGUCUCGGCCGAUCGACUACGUUUGUGGGAAAAUAAAAGAAAUAACGUACAUUUUCGGCCAAAUUAUUCCUUUAAUCCUUAUAAAAGCCUUUGGAGUGUUGCAAUAAAUAAAAAAAAUAAUUUAAAAAAAGGUAGGGGGCGGGGUUUGUAAAUUGUGUCUCAGGUGCUGUAGGAAGUUUACACACAAAGUUGAUAGUAUAGUAUUUUAUUGUUGCUUUGUAAAAUGAUUUAUGGCUGCUUGUAAAAUACCAGAGAAUGUAUUUAUAAAACGUUUGAUUGAGUCUUCUUACUCAUGAUCAUCUUUUGGGUCUUCCGUUGUAUUUAUAAAGAUUUAUAAAGACAUUUAUAAAGGAUGAAGAGUCAGGGUGAGUUCAGUAAUUGGCGAGUACCAAAAGAUGCGGAGUGUACUCAGUUCAAUACCCUGGGCUUUAGAUACACAGAUACGUGGAUGUGGAGGUGCCUGAAAGUUGGGAGUUCGAAUCUCCGGGUCGUUAUCAAGCCACUGAUAGUUCUGUGAGUAUCUGGGAAAUGAGUUCCUGUUACAUAAACGUGCCUUAACCCAUGCAAACCUUUGUGUAAUUACAUUAACAGACAGAAUGUUAAAUAUUUUGAUUAUUUUUCCCGGAAUGCUGCCUUUUUUAGGACUCACUGUCUCCGUUUGACACAAUGUGCCUGUGGUCUUAUGUAUUAUUUAUUUCCUAGCACGAUGUACUGUACUUUUUUUUUUUUUUUUUUACCGUUUCACGGUCAAAUGCUUUUGAAUUUCAUGUAUAGUUUGUUUUCUUAUUCACCUGACUCACUUUGUCUUAAAGAACCUUCAUUUCAAUGUCUUAAGUGAUAUUUGAAAAUAAAGCUAGAAACUGUGUCGAGCGAAAUAAUCCUACAGGAGAAAACUAUUACGAGAACGUUUAGCGUUUGUUAUGGGACGGUGUUAAUGCUACAAGUGUGUUUUGUCCUGAUGAGAUUUAUUUUUGUGCUGUAAAUCCUUCAAGGAUAAGACUUGACUAUGAGGUCAUUAAAGAAACUCUUUUCAGA